CGCAGCGACCUGGCACGGGCAGCGGCGGGGGCACCGCUGAUCCCUCCCAGCGGGGUAAGCACCACCGGGACCCCCUCUACCGACACUGGAAUGGAUGGGGUCUCACUCACUAACUCGGCGACAUCACCGCCCGCAAGGACCGACUCCGGCUGUGCGCGGGGCGUUGCCCCUCACCAGGCCAGGCCGUGCUGAGCCCUGCCCGCGGCCGCGCCGCUAUCGCACCGGGGCUCCCGUCCCGUCCCGUCCCGUCCCGUCCGUCGGGGCUGCCCCGUCCUCAGCCCCCCACCGUGACCUCCCGCCGCCAGGGGGCGCGCGUCCCCCCCGCGGAGGCGCGCCGCUCGCUCUCUCCUCUCCGGCCAAUCAGCGCGCGGCGUUCCGGCGGGAAGGCGGAAGUGGCGCUGCCGGGGGCGGCCAUGGCGGAGGCGCGGCCGCUGCGGCUGCUGGCGCUGCACGGCUACCGGCAGAGCGCCCGCCGCCUCCGCCAGCGCACCGGCGCGCUCCGCAAGGCCCUGCGCGGCCGCGCCGAGCUCGUGGCCAUCGACGCGCCGCACCGCUUGCCCGCCGGCGCUGAGGACGACCCCGACGGGGACGACCCCCCCCGCGGCUGGUGGUUCUCCGGGCCCGGCACGUUCGAGGCGGGCGAAGCGGCUGCGGCUCCGGCGGGGCUGGAGGAGUCUUUAUCCGCCGUGGCGGCGGCGCUGGCGGAGCACGGGCCCUUCGACGGGCUGCUGGGCUUCAGCCAGGGCGCGGCGCUGGCCGCCAUGGUGUGCGCGCUGCGGGCCCGCGGCGACCCGCGCUUCCCGGUGGCUUUCGCCGUGCUGGUGGCCGCGUUCGCCAGCCGCGCCCCGGCACACGGACACUUCUACCGGGAGCCCAUCGCCCUGCCCACGCUGCACGUCGUGGGCGACACGGACGCCGUCAUCGCAGCGCCUCUCAGCUGGGAGCUGGCCCGGUGCUUCGUGGAGCCCGUUGUCCUCUCGCACCCCGGCGGGCACUUCAUCCCCGCGGCCGCGCCGCAGAAGAAAGCUUACCUGGAAUUCUUGGAACGCUUCUGCCCCCGGCAGGGCCAGGCCGAGCGCCCAGGGGCUGGGGAGGUUUGAGAAUAAAUAAAAAAGGGCUCCGGUGAGCCACGUGCAGCCAGCCAUCCUGUGAAACAU